AUGGCGACAAUACGAUUGGACACCACUCUCGCAGAUCUGUACCGUGCCAAUGGCAUUGAGGGUCCCUUCAUUGUCACUAUGUACUGUGUCUUCGGUCAUAUGGACCUCCAUCCUGAGUUUCCCCGCGAGCUAGUCUACCCAGAAGACGAGGAGCCAGUGCCGUAUGCCAAUGACGAGAAAGAGAUAGCCCACCUCAGGAGAGUCAUCCUUGGUCUGAAGCCCUUGAGACGGGCGUUCGGGUUGGGCGACAUGGAAGUUAUAUUCUUCGAGCCCAACAUCACGGCAAAGGGCAUGGAGCGGGCAUUGGCUCAGAUGGUUCCAGAGCAACGGCAUCGGCCGACGAUUGUGAACUUGGACCAGGGAGAUGUGCUUGAGCAGUUGCGCCAGGUGACUAUGGGUCGUAAAUUACUGUUUUGGAGGCCUCAGGGGUGGAUGAACGAGCACGACUGCUUGAUCGAUCCCGGAGAGGCAUACGACAUCAACUCCAAGAAGUUCCUCCUCACGUCCGGAAUGCACACUCCGCCCUCUGAGAUCGUCGAUCUGCAAGAGACAGACAUGGUGGGCCGGGAGUCUAUUUUCAGAACUAGACCACUUCCUUUCGUGAUCAAGCUUUAUCGAGCUGGAUGCAGCUUCGGCACAUACCUAGUCACCAAUGAGGAACGAAGAAAACAGGCAUUGGAGGCCAUGAGCAAGUAUAAGUCCCGAGGGGUGUCCGAGGUUCUGUUGUCGAAAUACAUCGACCUCGUACAAGACUUAAGCGUGCAUUUCCUCGUGGGAGCGCCAGAUAGCGACCACGAUCGCCACAAUCCACUGAUACUGGGCGUUACGGUGCAGACUCUCACGAAAGAGGGGAAGUGGGUUGGGGGCCAUAUCGACUACAGCGCGCAAGAGGCACUGCAGUCGCUCGUCUGGGAUACGGUCCGAGACACGACGGCAAAGAUGCCAGCGACGUUCAUGGGGUGGGCAGGCGUCGAUAUUGUCGUAGACAAAGCAGGGGAGCAAUUCGUGGUAGACCUCAACGCCCGGUUCACCGGGUCGAUGCCUAUCUGCUUCAUGUCUGGGCACUUUUGGAAGGACAGGGGGCUGCCGUUGGCGCAGUUUGCGGCGUUUGAGUACAAGGGGGGGGUGGACGAUAUAUAUGAGCGUCUGCAGCCGCUGAUCGAGCGGGGGCAGGUGGUGGUCACGGCGACUGCAACGGUGGGGGAGGAUUUGAACAUGGCGGAUGUGGUUUGGGGUGGAAAGGACCAGGGGGACUUGGCGCAGGUUGAGGGGUGGGUUAGGAAGAGGAUGGCGAGAUCUUGGAUCGAGGUCAUGGCUACCGGUGAGUGA